AGCUGUCGAAUUUUAUGUGCGGGUUUAGAAUUAAAUUUUUUUUUAUGUUAGGUAAAUAAUAAAAAAUACGAUAUACGUUCUGACAUAACAAAUGACCCACGAAGGAAAAGAACCUGUAAUUUUUCAAAAUUCCUCAGAGCCUAAUGUAAUUAGUCACGAUUUACUUGUUAAUUUGGUAAUCGACCAAGGACCUAGAGGAGAAGCUGGAAAAUUAUUUCAAGAGGAUGGAAUUAAAUUGGAAGAGGUCAAGGAAAUUCGAAUUGAAUACCUUAAUAUCCUUAAUAUUAAUCACCUCUGGGUGAUGAAGAACCUAGUGAAACUAAAACUAUGCAGCAAUAUAAUCGAGAAAAUAGAGAAUCUCGAAGAACUUGUCAAUUUAAAAGAGUUGGAUUUAUCCUUCAAUCGAAUAAGUGUCAUGGAAAAUUUGAAUCACCUUCUAAACUUGGAGAUUCUUUUAUUAUAUGGAAAUAAAAUUGAAGAGGUUGAAGGAAUAGAUGACCUGGCAAAGCUUCAGAUCCUGAGCCUUGGGAAAAACGUAAUAAAAACGCAAGAUCACGUGAUGUAUUUACGCAAGUUUAAAAACUUGCGAAGUUUCAAUAUGGAAGGAAAUCCUUGUACAGAAGAGGAAGGCUACUUGGAUUAUUUAAUUGCUUAUAUUCCCCAAAUCGUAUAUUUACAGUACAAGAUGAUAACUGAAGAGCAGCGAAAAAAUUCUGCAGAAAAAUAUUAUCGAGCGAUAAGUAAUCUAGAGGAAAAAGAAGCCAAGGAAAAAGAAAUAAUGGAUGCGAAGAAGGCUUUUGAAGAUCAUGUUGCUCAAGUUUCGAUUUCCUAUGUAGAAUAUUUGGAUGGUGAUCACUUAUUUGAUCAAAUGUUCGAAAGCGAUAAAGAGGGAAGAGCUUUGAUGAGUUUAAAUGAAGAGACUGAAGAAGCUUAUGAACAAUACAAAAGAACUUUCUCAGAACAGUGUCACGAGUUGUUCGAAUUGGGAUUAAAGGAACAAGAACGUAGAACGGAAGAAAUUCGCCUUUAUGAAGAAACAGUCAACAAAGGAAAGGAAGAUGCUCAGAAAGAAGCCCAAUUGCUGAUGGAUAAAGUCAUGGAGAGAAAGACAGAAAUCUUUUCUCAAGUUUCGAGUUUAAUGGAAGCUAUUGAAGACAGCGACGCCCCGGAUUUACAGGAGAAAAUAUUGCAAGCAAAGAAUCUUUCUGAAGAAUUUGAAGAUCUAAUUUCCAAAACCUGGACGAAAUUGAUGCACAAAGAAAUAACCUUGCAUGAACAACUUGAGGAUAUCAAUGAAGUUUUCAAAAUUAAUAUGUCAGACUUGGUCAGCUCAUUUUUUGAAGCAGCACAAGGACAUUUUUCAGCGAUGAGAAACGCUGAAACAGAAUAUAACGAUAAUUUGACCCUGAUGGUCACAAACUUUAUGAAUAAUUUUGGUGAUGAAGCAGAUGUACCGCCAGAAUUUCAGGAAAUCUGUGGGUCUAAAGAUAUCUUAACCAACAAUUUUGGUGCCUCGCACGAAAUGCAUUUGCAAGUGAUCGAUGGAAGAGAAGAUCGAAUGAUUGGCCGACUUAAAAGCUGGCUAGAGGCUCUGACUGAAGAGCAAAUUGAGGAAGAAAGAAGGAGAAAUCGGAAUCAGGUAUUGGAAAUAUCUCACUUUCUGGAAUUUCAACGAGAAGAAUUUAACAAAUUACAAGAACGCCGUGAAGCACAGAUAAAUGAAGAUGAUGCGAAUGUCCUUGCAGCUCUGGAAGAUUGAAAAAGUAUGAAAUUUUCUUGAACUUUAUAAUAAAGAUAUAUUUAAACUUACUUUAUUGUAAUAACAGCAUUAUUUAAAAAUACCUCGUAU